UAUGCAUGCCCUUCUUUCAUUGAUUCUUCCAUUCCGUCCACUUCAGAGGCAACUAGCUUCUGCAGGAAGGCUUCUAUUGAUUCUUCUCAACAUUUUAUUUUCAAAUAUAUUCCUAAAGAAUAACCAGAAGAAUUACAAUAAGGAGCUUGAAAGAAUGUUGGGCCUAAUGGAAUCGCAGUCUGUGCUUCUCUGGAACAGUUUGCCGAUUCCCCUGAAACCGGCGACGACGAUCUCCACUUCCUUUGCUCCAGCCCUAACUCCUCGAAGACGUCUAACGACUUCGGCAUCAGCCAUCUCAUCGGAGUUAACUUCGAAACCAGAGACAUCCAAGUCGAUCCCAGCCACAUCAUCUGCAAAGUCAUUUGUCUCGACUACUCCGCUCAUUCAUGCGGUGAAAAAUCUAGGGUUUCGACCCACUCCAAAACUGGGGCUUCUGUCUCUCUUGUUUUCACUCUCCAUGGCUUUUGGUGCAUUCUUUUCAGUGGCUUUGGUAUCUGUUCCAACUGUAAUUGCUUUUGGAAGAUUAGGAGCUUCAAUGAAAAAAUUGUCUAAAGUUGCCUCAGAAGAGGUACCGGGAACUUUAUCUUCUCUCAAACUUUCUAGUAUGGAGGUGAACGACUUAGCUCAAGAACUUAGAAAUCUCAGGCAUGAAAUUUCUGGAAUUCGCACGGUAGAGAAUGACAGAGACACUAGAGAUGCAAGAUCCUUCCGGAACAAGGACUCAAUAUCCUAAUUCUGAAUAUCCCCAAUUGCCUAGAUAACCACUACGUUCUCCUGCACACCCCAACCAAAAAAAAAAAAAACUAUAUCUCUGAACUUACCGCCAUGUGGGAAUUGCUGAAUGCUUGUCAGGCCUGUUCGUUCAUCUGGUUCAGUUGAAAAUGAAGCAGCUAGUGAACUCAAAUUAAAGGAAACCAUUGGUUCUUUUGAGUUUGGUGCUGUAAUUGCAAAAUGCUGAGAAAAGCUGAUCGUGUAUAGUGUUUCUUUUCGUAGUGGGAUUAGUUUCCACGCUUCUCCUGAACCUUUAAUUGCAAGAUGUUUCAUUAUCCAUAUACAUAAAUACACGAAAAAAGAUAUGAUCAUGUUGUGCAUCUCAGGAAUUCUUUGUUUUUUUUUUGACUUGAUGCAAUUCUGGUUACAGAAGACUUGUACUUAUUACUCAACAAAUCAAACCAUAUGAAUAUUCACAGUUUUGCAUA